UGACGUAGUUCAAAACCUGUUCCGAAAACAACUUUAGAUUUCCUUUCUAAAUGUAAUAUAAACAAUGAAGUUUUUUAGCUUAUUAUAGACAUUACAAUUCGGUUGAAGUAUUACAAAAUUACACGUAAGUAGGCUACAUGUAAAAUAUGUUUCGAACCACUUCUCAGUUAUCAUUCUUCGAGUUAUAAACAAAGGUUAUAAAUGAUAUAAUGGAACUCAAGGGCAUUCUGUUUACAACAUUCGUGCUUCUCAGCGAAAAUGUAUUGUGUCGGUGUAAUCUUGUCGAUAGAAGAUGCUUCGAUUGUUUUUGUCAGGCGCAAACUAAUUGCGAUUUGUCGUUUCAAUGUGUGAAUAAAACCGUUACUUUGUGUGGACCAUAUAAACUAAGUCGUCCAUAUUGGAUAGACGGAGGUAAACUUGGAAACGACGAUCCCGACGAGGAAUUUGAGAAUUUCGUAAAGUGCUCGAAGAAUAAAGCGUGUGCGGAACAAACAAUUGAAAACUACAUGAAAGUGUAUUCGGUCGGAAAAGAUUGUAAUUCUAAUGGUGAAGUGGAUUGUGUCGAUUACUAUCGAAUUCAUUUGGGAGGACCUGGAGGAUGCACACAAACCCGUUUCGAAAAUACUGUGGAAUGGUUGAGAUUUUUAGAAUGUUACCUUAACACGGCUACAAAUAUACAAGAGGCAUUAAACAGUUUGAGUUUUAAAAAAUACAGAGUUUAAUAAACAAAUCUUAAGGACAACUUUGAAUAUUUGAGAAGAUGCUCCAUCUGUUGCAUUCGACAUUGGUGUAAAUUAGUUGACUUACAAUCCAAAAAUACAUCUUGAAAUUUUGUUGAUAGAAUUUAUAUUUUAUCAUUAAUUUUACAUAAUAUAAAUAAGUGUUCGGAAUAAAAAUUGAAAACAUUUCUCACAAAUUUGUCUCGGGUAUUUAACUCUCUACAAGAGCGUUAUGUAAAGUAAAUGCGGAGAAAGCGGUAUAAUUAAAUUUAGUGAAGU